UGUAAAUAUGUAUUAGACUUAAUUCUCCAUUUCCCUUCUUCUUUCUCUCUCUAUGCCUAAACCUCUUCAUACAAGAUCACCUAAAGUCGUUUCAUUUUCAGUCAAAAGAAAGCAAAUCAAUUUCAACCUAUUGGAAAGAAACAGUUCUCAAACGUCGUUUCAAUCUACUGAAUCAUAUCGUCACCAGCCUGGUUAUCAAACACUUUUACAAGAAAAGGAAGAUCAAAUUAACCAACUAAAGACAGAACUAGACAAGACACAACGAGAACUCAGUGCUUCUAGACACCAAACAAGAUUGAUGGAAAAUGAAAGACACCAAUUUGAAGCAAGUGUAACCAAAACAUGUUCUCUUGAAAAAGAUCAAAUCCAGCUUGAACUCAAUAUCCUUAAAGAGACCCAUACAGAGAAAAUGCAAUAUUAUUCCUCUACCAUGAAUCAGCUAUACAAAACUAUUCAGGUACUCAAACAAAGAUUAUCGAAAUAUGAAGAUGAAGCACAAGAGGACCAAGAAUUAUUCUUAGAUGAACAUUAUGAUCAAUAUCAAGCAGAAUAUGAGUUUAUCAAAGAUGCUUAUCUCUAUACAACACAAGAAACAACACAUCAAUCCUCUUUAUGGUCUAGUAUUCAAGUAAGUCUAUGUUGCUUGAAUCUCAAUUGACCUGUAAUAGAAUACAACAUUAGCUAUUCAACAUGAAAUUCAAAAUUUCCAUGCAUGGAAAUCUAUACCAAUUGUAGAACUUGUUCAGCUAUUAAAAGAUGACCAAAAAAGUAAUCAUCCUACAACCAUGAAAUCCUUGUUAUUCGGUAGAUUAAAAGAACGUAAAUAAAAAUCGGGAAUUUGCCAUGAUAGUGCGAUUCAAACCUUAUGUAUCUUUUUUUAUAAAGUGAUGAACUUGCUUCUUUACUAUGUCUUUAAAGAAC